AUGUCCACCGGCGCUCGUGGGAAGUCGGCCUCCCAAGGCCUGGACGACGAGGUGCUCGUCCCGCUGCUCGCCCGCCUCACCACCCUCAAGAACAUCCUCGCCUCCGCCGGCGGCACAAGCAACUCUGAGUCCAGAGCCCUGCUGGAGAAGAUCCAGCAAGAGAUGGCUCAACUGAAGAGCAUCGUCGGCCGGAUCGAUGACACCGAGAAAGAAAUCAGGUACAGCUUCGACCCCGUUGAACGCCACAUAAACGACGCGCUCCGAGAUGUGGCCGAAGUCAAUUGGAUCCACCCAAAGCUCCGCGCGGUCGAGGCGGAGAUGAAGGCCAUCCGGGUCAAGAUGCACGAAGCUUACAACAUCGCAAGCGAUUGCCAGCAAGAGAGGGAGGACGGAAGAGCCCCCUCGCCUCAGGCGUCGGCGUCCUCGCUGACAGUCGAGGGAACCAAGAUCUGGAAAAGCCCGCAGAUGCGGCACAUCAGGCUCGUUGUCGGCUGGCUUGAGGAGCGGCUGCGGGGCUGUCUCCUCUGCCUCGUUGCCUUCCCCGGGGAGGGCGCCACCGGUAUCAAGAAGCGCACCCUCGUCCACUGGUGGAUCGGCGAGGGGUUUGUUGAAUCCCCCGAAGAAGGAAACAUCCGAUUCAAGGAGCUCGUCGACAAGGGUUUCAUCACUCCACUCCCCAAGGUUCACUGCCACGAGAUUCAUCGGUGUAAGCUGCUGCCGUGGCUGCGUGAUUUGCUUCGGGACAUAGCCAAGUCCAACUUCUUCCUUGAUGUGGACUUAAACAUGUCACGCCGCGCGUUUCUGAGCAGCCGGAAGACCAUGUCGCCUAUCAAAUUCAGUCCGAAGGUGAGAACAAUCUUCAACAUUAGCCAGAAAUACGUCCAGCUUGGGGAGGGUUGGUUCGCCGGAAAGGAGCUGCGCACGCUUCAGCUUGGGCAGUGGCGAGAGUCUACGCCCAGCGACCAAAUCGCCGACCCUAACCAGAGCCACGUCGAGGUCAGCGGCACGGAGCGAUUUGAAGAGCUGGACAAGUGCUGCAAGCUCAGGUAUGUCAGCUUCCGUGGAAUCUCGAGGAUCGAGACUCUCCCCCGUUCGAUACGCAAGCUGCGUGAGCUCGUCGUGCUCCAUCUCCGUGCAUGCCAUGACUUGGAGAAACUUAGACAGGGGAUCACUAAGCUGGAUCGGCUUGAAUACCUGGACCUAUCAGAAUGCCACCUGCUAAUAGGAAUGCCCAAAGGAAUAGGGCGCCUCACGCGGCUUGAGGUCCUCAAGGGGUUUGUGAUUGCUAACUUCAACUGCAAGGACCCCUGUCGUCUGGAUGAGCUCACAAAAUUAAGCAGACUUAAAAAGCUCAGCAUCACCAUUAGCAAAAUGGCAGCGCCGGCGGCGGACGAGUUCAAGAAACUUGGCGAGUUGAAGGCCCUCAAAUCGUUGGCGAUAGUAUGGGGCGUACAAUCAUCGGCAGUUGGCCAAGAAUCGCCGAGCCCUUUCACUAUUGCCAAAAUGGAGUUUGCCCUUCCUCCUGGUCUUGAGAAGCUAGACCUUCGUGGUUUUCCGCAGCCAAAUUUUGAGCGGUGGGUGAGACCCAAGCAUGUGAAGAAGCUAUAUAUUAGGGGAGGGAAGCUGAGCACACUCGGAGACGACGAGGACUGGGAGGUAGAAGUGCUGCAUCUUCGAUUCCUCAAGGAUCUUCACUACGAUCUUGACAGGCUUGGACGUUCAUUCAGGAAACUCACUUCUUAUUUCCUACUAAUUCACGAGUGCCCCAAUUUCAGGACUUGA